AUGGCUGUGGUAGACCUGCAUGGACUCCCGGAGGAGCACCAGCUGGACUGGCUCCCCAGGCUUCAAUGGCUGGGCGGGAGGAAGUUUGCAGACAGGCCUCAGUGUGGGCACAGGAAACUCCGCAUUAUCGUCUGCAUCUUGCUGCUUGAGCUCUGUGAAAGAUUCACCUUCUUCGGCAUCGUCUGCAACAUGAUCCUCUUCUGCACGGUCAAGUUGGGCUACGACAACUACCAGGCUGCCAUGGUCAACUUGGCCUUUGUGGGGGCGAGUACUCUCACGCCUGUCCUGCUAGGCUGGUUCGCUGACAUGUGUCUGGGGAGGACCAAGGUGCUGUACCUCUGCUCUCUUCUCCACUUCCUUGGCACCUCUCUGCUGCCCGUGGUGGCAUUUCCCUUCGAGGACUUCUACAUGGAUACACACCACAUUGCACACACGCUGGCAUGGCGGCAGCAGCACAUCCUCUUCUACACUGGACUAGCGGCAGCUGCCCUGGGUGCCGGGGGCAUCCGCGCCAUCCUCUGCCCCAUGGGGGCCUACAGCCUGCAGGGCUAUGACCACCAACGGCUCCGGUCUUUCUUCAACUGGUUUUAUUGGCUGGUGAACCUGAACUCCAUUGUGGUGUUUUUGGGAAUUGCCUACAUCCAGCAGUCUGUGGCCAAAAACCUGGGAUUCCUCAUCCCAUUCACCUCUGUUCUGCUGGGCCUCAUUGCCAUCCACAUGGUGCGCAACAACCUCACCUUCCUCCCUAAGAAAGGCAACUCCCUGCUCACCACUCUUGGAGUGUUCCUCAACUCCCUGAAGAUGUGUUGCCUGCGGCAUCGGCACCUGAGUGGCGAUGUGGCCAGCUGGCUGGACCGUGCCAAAGAAAACAAUGGGGGACGCUACAGUGAGGCAUGUGUGGAGAACGUCAAGGUCCUGAUGCGGCUUUUCCCGCUCUUCGGCCUGCAGCUGCUGUACCGUGUCUGCGUCACCCAGAUUCCCUCAGGUUAUUACAUCCAGACCAUGAAUUCCAACCUCAACGUGAAUGGGUUCCUCCUGCCCAUGGCAGCUUUGAAUGUGGUGGCGAUCCUGCCCGUGCUCGUGAUGGUCCCCCUGCUGGAGUGCAUGAGCUCCUGCUUCCUGUCGUGGGACAGGACACCACCAUCUGCCACCACUCUCGUAGUGGCUGGACAUGCGUGUGCAGCUCUGUCUGCGCUGCUUGCGGGUCUCUCCGAACUCCGGAGGAAGGGCUACCCCCCGGUGGAGCAGGCCUUCUCGGGCAACGUGCUGCACGUCUCCUCCAUGGCCUGUUUCCAGCUGACACCUCAGUACAUCCUGCUGGGUGUGGCAGAAGCGCUCGUCACCCCCACCUGCUCGCUCAUCUCGUUCCGCCUGGCCCCCGGCAACGUGCGAGGCAUCUCCCUACACUUCCUGGCACUCUCCUACGGGGGCGGAUGCUUCCUGGGGGCACUCAUUAUCCAGCUACUCUACCUGCUCUCUGGGGGCAACAUCUACCCGAGCAACUUGAGUGACGGCAACCUGGAGAGGUUCUUCUUCCUGCUGGCCGUGCUGAUGGCCAUGAACACGCUGGUGUUCUGGAGGAUCUCCCACAGGUACAAAGACCAGAACGAGAAGCUGGGUGAGGGUGCGAGGAGCAGCCCCUUGGAUGAUAAGCUCCUCCAGCACAAGAAGUGGCUGCGCUUCUAUGACACCAUGGAAUGCUCCUACACCUUAGCAUCCAUGGAGACAGCCUUGUGA